GGGUUGCCUCUCUGUCCCGCCGCCCGGGAGCGCUGCGGGCGGGCCUCGAGCGAGGUGCGGUGGGGGCCGGGCGGCGGGGCUGCAACGCUCACCGCGUCGCCCUCCGCAUGGAGCCCCCGGGCCUCGGGCAGCCGUGGGAGGCGGCGCUGGGAGCCGAGCUCUCCAGCGACGGCUCGUCCGGCAGCAGCCUGUUCAGAACGCAGCGCCCCGGCCUCUGCCCGGCGCGGUCGCCCAGCAGCUCCGCGAGGAAGCAGGCGGAGGCGGCGGACUCGUCCAGCGACGGCUCGGGGUCGCCGCGGCCCCGGACGCUCAGGGCGCUGCUCGAGCGGCUCCGGAGGAGGCGGAGGCGCAGGCGGAGGCGCAGGCGCAGGCCGACGGGGAGGCCCCGGGGGAGACCGGCGGGGACGAAGAGCAGCCGGGCGUCCAGGAUACAGAAGAGGCAGAUCCGCGACAAGAGCGCCGGCGACCCCUAUGAGGAGGCGGAGAGCGGGAAGAGCCCUUGGCGGAAGAUCCUGGCCUUCGAGCAAGCAGUAUCAAGAGGAUUUUUCAACUAUCUCGAAAAAUUGAAAUAUGAGCACCAUCUCAAGGAAUCUUUGAAGCAAAUGGAUGUUGGUGAAGACUUAGAAAAGGAAGAUCUUGAUAGUCGGAGAUACAAGUACCUGGAUGAUGAUGAUUCUCUCUCUCCUAUUGAGUCAGGAACAGAAGAUGUAAAUAAUCUUGAAAAUGAUGGGUGUGACAUCAAACCGGUGGAGGAGAGUCACUUCAUAAUAAGAUCUGAAUUACCAAGGAAGACAGAAGUGUAUCUGGAGCAAGAGUGUGUGGGAGGGGAACCAGCUCUGUCUAAAAAGAGAGCAUCAAAAUUGAAAACAUUGAGAAGAGAAUCUUCUAAGAAAAUGGGAAUGUAAACUCAGGCUUUUAUCUUAAGAACAAUGACUCAAGCUAAAGGUGGCCACCUGCCCAUUGUCUGCACUGCUGCCUUCAGGAAUGAAUAUGAUUACUUGUGGUUUGAGGACAUCUUAAAUGAAGCACACAGGUCUACCCAACCUGAAAAGUGACUCUUAAUUGCUUGAGUGUGCUGGAUUCCCUAGCAGUUCAGGUAGUUUUCAGAUGUCUGCAGAACGUUCCCAAAACAAAUCUUAACAACUUCUCAACUACGGUAAGUUAAUUUAAAAUGCUUUCAUCAAACAAUUGUUGCACAUAGGUCAUUACCAAGGCUUUUAGAAUGCGGUUUCUCAUUUGCUGUGGACAUGACCUUAAAAAAUGCCCACUAGGUUUGUUCUCUGCUACAUUGGUAGCAUUCAGCCUUGUGGGAACAUCUUGUGUUAGUGCUGAUGGAAACAGUCAAGUAUAGCCAAGUUUGUGUGUGCUCUUUAUUGUGUGUACUGGAUUCAUUGCUAAUGGUUCUUCAGGUUUAGAGAUGGAAGUGUACUACCUCGUUAUCCCUGUUCCAGAGUGGACACAACCCAAACUGGAAAACACUGAAAGCUGAAGGUAUGUACACAUUAGUAACGUGUGUCUAUAGGUCAUUUCAAAGAGAGCUUUUUGGAUUAAACCAGGAGCUCUUAACGCUGUGACCAAAGAUGAAGUUCUCCCUGAGAUGUGAUCAGCACUGAGUAGUG